AUGGACACCAAGGAACCGCGCACAUUGUUGGAUCUUGCUAUACAUUGUCUGCUGAGUAAUGAGCAUUUAGCAAUUCAAGCUCUGGAAGAAAUCCCAAGGGAGCUUUUUGUUCCUUUGUUCACUGCUGCCUUUACCGGUAAACACAAGAACACACUGAUAUCAAUGGUGAAAAUUUGGCCCUUUUCCUGUCUCCACAUUGGGGCAUUAAGUGUGCAAGAAUCCCAGCGUGAACUCCUGAAAGCCAUGGUUGAGAGUCUUCAGUUCCUCCCUGCCCCAAACUCGGCUUCUAGGUGCCCUAAACUGAGGAUCCUAGAUUUAAGGCAGGAUGCUGGCUGCAAGACCACAUGUCCUGACAUCAUCAAUAAGUCAACAAUCUGCUUCCAUUCUUGUGCUUACUCUGAGCACUCUAUCUUUAAAAUGGAAUUCCAGGAGAAUCCUUCACGUCCAGAGUCUGAGGCCCAGCCCUCCAGGGUGCCUAUGGAAUUACUAGUGGACCUUUCCCUUGAUGGUACCUUGAGGGAAACUGAUUUUUUUGUUUUUCUUCUGAAUAAAAUAAGACAGAGCCUAGGCUCUCUGCACCUAUGCUGCAGAGAUUUGCAAAUUAAUAAUUUAUGUGAAUGCAGAAGUUCCUUACGCCACCUGGACCUGAAAUGUGUGGAUCACCUGGCAGUUGAUCAGGCUUCUCUUAGUGAAGUCACUACCCUUUUGUCUCAUGUGAUACAACUGGACAGACUUAGUCUGUCUAAAAUCACUUGUAGAUCUUUGAAUGGGAGAACCUUUAGAAAUUUUAUCACCCAGCUGAGGCGUAUGGAUCACCUGAAGGAGCUCAAUUUGUCUUCGUUCUGUCUCACAGAUCAUCUUGAAAGUGUCCUGAGAGUCCUACCUGCUAGUUUGGAUUUCUUGUAUCUGCCAUUCUGUGGACUUUCUUACAGCGACUUCAAGUUUCUGUCUGAGUGCCCUCAAGCCAACCAUUUAAAGCUGCUGAAUAUCAGCAACAACCCAAUGUAUUGGGAAGACUGCGAGCCGUUUUACCAUCUCCUGCAGAAUAUCUCUGGCACCUUGCAGCACUUGGCAAUUAAUCAUUGCCUUUUAACAGAUUCUACGAUCGCUGUUCUUAUUCCAGCCCUAACUCGCUGUUCCUAUCUCCGAGUGUUUAGCUUUUCUUCGAAUCCAAUUACUAUGCCUAUGCUCAUGAGAAUUCUUGAGCUCUUAUCACCAUUGAUGGCACUUAAAUAUGUAAUUUAUCCAAUUCCUGUGCACUGCUAUGGGAGGUGGCAUUUUCAAGGCAGUUUAGAUCGACAGAAGCUUGUGGAGGUGCAGACACAAUUGAAAUUAAUGCUACAGGAAGUAGAAAGGAGCGACAUGAAUUGGAUCACUUACUCUGAUUAAAUUACACAGUCCAACAAAGUUUCAACUUGAUAUGUCCCCUUUAAGUACUAUUUUUUCUUAAUCCCAUAGACAGAAUAUGUAAAGUUGUUAAGUCGUAGGAAAAUAUAGUUAAGAAGUAUAGGUUUGUAACUGAUUUCUACAGAGAAUAACUUACAAGAAGAGUGAGGACUUUGAGAGUACCUUGAGUCUCUUAACUAUUGUUCUUCAUAGUAUUUCAUCUUACCAACUAAAAUUUUAGGUAGAGGGUAUGGAAAGACUAUGUCACGAAUACCAACACCCUGUCCUCAGUGAGAUUUACCUAUGGACACGUAAUACCAGUUGUGACAAUCUAACCUUUCCUGGAUGUGUUUUUGGAGGCAGGUGGAUAUUGAAGCCAACUUAAUAAGUUGUAUUAAUGCCAUCUCUAUUUAAUGCCAUCUUCAGUUGUUCAUAGGAGACCAUCUGGAUUUAACAGUGAGGAAAAAUAUAUAACUGCUAUCAUUAAGUGGCUUAAUUUUUACUUCAUACUCAUUGGACAAGGAUUAGUUUCGGAUAUUAUUGUAGGCAGCAGAAUGAAAAGACAAGUUCCUGCCUGAAGCCAUUCAGAGGCUGGGCAUGUAUCUGUUUUAUCUGUUGUCAGUGAACCUAGAAAGUUGUUUUAUGUGCUUGGACCCCACGCUUCAUCUCA